UCAAAACACUUAAACAAAGUACACAAACACACUUAGAUAAAGUACAAAAUAAUCAAAAAAAUAUGUUUUUAACCACCAAAACACUAGAUAAAAAAGAAGACAAUGAAAAACGAACUAGCUCAGAAGUACCCAAAAAAGAUAUUCUAAUAUAUCAACAUCCCGAAAGCGAUGAGUCGUUCCUUGAUGAACGUCCUUCUAAAGUUGAAGAAGUGAUUGAGUGCCUAGAAGCGAUUGAAAACGCCAACAAAACAGAUUCGUCAAAGAAGAGGGUAAAGUCAACGCUUACCAUAAACGAUUUGGAAUUUCUGGUGACGCAACGAAAUGCAAGGAAAACCUCAAUUUAUCGUCGUGCCAAAGCAAAGAAAGUCCCAAUCAACACAGAUCAGUUCACCUUUAUGCGUCAAAUUGAUUCAAGUCCAGAGGAUCAAAUCCUGGCUAGAAAACAGCGUGAAAAUGUGGCCGACACUUUUCGACGGAUGGGAAAUGCCGAGUACCGCAAGUUAAACUUCUCUUUGGCAAAAAACUACUAUACAAAAGGUCUGGAAUAUAUUAAAGACACACCAGUUUUGUAUGUAAACCGGGCCAUGUGCUCUAUCAAAAUGCGCGAAUUCAAGCUAGGCAUUAUGGAUUGUGACUAUGUAAUAGCAAAAUUAGAUGGAAACUAUGUGCGUGCUUGGCUUUAUCGGGCAGCUGCUUAUAAACGUCUAAACGAUGAGGCCAACUACGAAGAUAGUGUAUCUCAAGCCAGACGUUUAAACAGAUCCCAGAGAGAAUUUAUCGAUGAUUUUUUGGACAAAAUGCGUUCCCUUCUUUAAGGAAGCGCAAGUAAAAUUGG